GGUGCAUGGCGCGGACAGAAGCCGCAGCAGAAGCAGCAGGACCCGGGCGCUGAGUCCGAAGCAUGCCCCAGCGCAGCCAUGACCUGCUCGGCGUCAGAUAGCGAGAAGAUCGUCAUCAACUGCGGUGGCAUCCGGCACGAGACCUACCGGAGCACCCUGAAGACGCUGCCGGGCACGCGCCUGUCCUGGCUCACGGAGCCCGACGCCUUCAGCAACUUCGACUACGACCCGAAGACCGACGAGUUCUUCUUCGACCGGCACCCCGCCACCUUCGCCUUCAUCCUCAACUACUAUCGAACCGGGAAACUGCACUGCCCCAGCGACGUGUGCGGCCCGCUGUUUGAGGAUGAGCUCGCCUUCUGGGGCAUCGACGAGACGGACGUGGAGGCGUGCUGCUGGAUGAACUACCGGCAGCACCGAGACGCGGAGGAGGCGCUGGACAGCUUCGAGACGCCCGAGCCGGACGAGCCCGAGAACGACCCGGCGCUGACCGGUGGCGCGGACGGGGACCUGAAGCGUCUGUGCGUGCAGGAUGACCGGCGCAGGCCCACGUGGUGGGAGGUGUGGCAGCCGCGCAUGUGGGCGCUCUUUGAGGACCCCUACUCGUCCAAGUACGCCCGGUAUGUGGCCUUUGGUUCGCUCUUUUUCAUCCUCCUCUCAAUCUCCACCUUCUGCCUGGAGACACACGAAGCCUUCAACACCAUCUACAACAAGACGGAGAACGUGACAGUGGGGAACGUGACCCGCGAGGAGAUCGUGUAUGAAGUGGUGACUGACGGCUGGCUCACGUAUGUGGAGGGUGUGUGCGUGAUCUGGUUCACCAUAGAGGUGAUGGCUCGUGUGGUCUUCUGCCCGGACAAGGCUGAGUUUUUCCGCAGCGCACUCAACAUCAUAGACUUUGUGGCCAUUGUGCCCUUCUACCUGGAGGUGGCUCUGAGCGGCUUGUCCUCCAAAACCGCCAAAGACGUGCUCAGCUUCCUGCGCGUGGUGCGAUUUGUGCGUAUUCUCCGGAUCUUCAAACUCACCCGACACUUCGUGGGGCUGCGGGUGCUCGGGCACACCUUACGGGCGAGCACCAACGAGUUCCUCCUGCUCAUUAUCUUCUUGGCUCUGGGUGUGCUCAUCUUCGCCACCAUGAUCUACUAUGCUGAGCGCAUCGGAGCCGACCCGGAAGACCCCACAGCGGCCGCCCACACCAACUUCAAGAACAUCCCCAUAGGUUUCUGGUGGGCCGUGGUCACUAUGACGACGCUGGGGUAUGGGGACAUGUACCCGGUGACGUGGUCGGGGAUGCUGGUGGGGGCUCUGUGCGCUUUGGCUGGCGUGCUCACCAUCGCCAUGCCUGUUCCUGUCAUCGUCAACAACUUCGGCAUGUACUACUCACUGGCCAUGGCCAAGCAGAAGCUCCCUAAGAAGAGGAACAAGCAUAUCCCACGUGCACCGCAGCCAGGGAGCCCCAACUACUGCAAGCCCGAUGCCCUAGCCAUGGCAACUGCCUCACCCCACAGGCUCAUGGGUAAUGUGCUGGGGCCUGGCAUGGUGGGCUCCGGGAGCAUGAUGGGGACUGGAGACUGUCCACUGGCCCAAGAGGAGAUCAUCGAGAUCAACAGGGCAGACUCCAAACAGAACGGGGAUGCGGCUAACGCUGCUCUAGCUAACGAGGACUGUCCCACCAUCGACCAAGUGUUAGGGGACGAGCGCAGUCCCGCCACCGGGGGCCUGGGCUCCAACACCAGCCGCGAGCGCUACCCCCACGACCGCGCCUGCUUCCUGCUUAGCGCCGGAGAGUUCCAGCGCACCACUGAUGGCAACGUCCGCAAAGUGCUGAGUUUCUGAGUGGAGAGCGGGAGUAAACUUUGAACAAGCUGCACUUUCAUCUUCCUCAUUUGGAUUCCGUUCAGAAGCAGAGGGAGGGAACAGAGAGAGAUGCGAGGAAGAGGUCAUCCGUGACACCCCCAUCCGCAUACCCAAUGACUGUGGCCAAAGUCAGGGGCUGAACCACCUCCACGAUACGAACAGGCGAUUGCAGAAACAUUGGUAGCCGUCAGUUGGGCAUUCACAAUAAAGACAAACGUACCAGGUUCCCUCUUUUUUUGUGUCAAGAGGACGUUCGCAGCCCUGUCAAUGUUCUACCAGGACUGGGUGUACCGCUCCUGUGGCAUCUAGAACACUAUGCAAGACAAUGGUGGCAGUGCAGUCAAGAUGAACACUCUGGCACGGGGGUUGGGUCAUAAUUCCACCGAGCAGCAGAAGGAGUUGGUUUUGGGUUCAAGUCUCGUCAUACAUAUCAGAAACAUCAGCCAUAUCACAGCGCCAAGGCAAGAGCAAAGCUGCUACUCAUUUUGGCGCGAUUUGAAUGAUCGAAAGACGUUUGCGGUGCGUUGGAACCUCCUUCUAUCUCUCUCCUUUCUCUCCACAGAAUCCUACCCGUCCCCUUGCGUCUCCCAACCGUUGCCUCUCCUCUUUUAGCAAAAGUGCAUGGCAUGAUAGAAAACAAUUUAUCGAGAAAACAAAAAGACACUGGUUUGGGAUGGGGUGCGAGACCAGGAGCCCACGUCAAGAAAGCGGGGACUCCCUUUUUCCACACUGCAAAGUCAGUACGAUCAUCCUAGCUAUUUUUUUAAUCCUCCCCAAAGCGACGGCUAAUAUGUGAAAAUCAGCAUCUCUUGCACCAGUGCGAUGAUGGAUGAGGGCCGCUCCAGUGCGCUAUGGGAAACGCGGUGUUGAGAGGGGGGUGGGGGAGCCGCGUGGACCGUACACUCAAUAUACCUCUCUGGGAUGACAAAAUGGAGGCUUUAAAAAGAAAAGCAGGGAUCAGCAGAACCUACACAACACCUUAGAGCUACUAAUCUAGGAACGAACAAAAGAGAAAAAAAUUAGAAAUGCAUUUUUAUUACCUUGUUUACCAGCAUGAAUAUUCUGCAUGACAUCUGCAAGCCAUUUUGAAGCUCCCCGUAACAAACAGGGCUAGAAUUUGAGAAUUGAAAAAAAUUAUAGUAUAUGCAGAAAAAUAGAUUUAGUUUUUAAGGUAUUACAGAGUCUUGUUACAUCAGCCUUGUUUUGGUCCAUUCCAACACAUCUGAAAUUAAAAUAGCGCCCACCUAAAAUGACCCCUACACUUGCGCUAACCCUGGACUUCUGCUUCUGCUUCGCUAACCUUUCCUAGUUUUCCCUCUGUAUCUGUUAAAAGGUGUGAUUCUCUCCAAUAAUGGCAGCUCUGGCACAUGCACUUGCUGGACUUGGGAAAAAUGUCACCAAAAUCACCAAGUACCUGCUUUUCAUAUCCGUGUUGUUGUUGUUUUUUAUGUUGGUUUUGAUGGUCUGGAAUCGGCAAAUGGGCGUGUGCAAUCUAUAUG